UUUGCUUGUUCAUUUCGACAGCUCCGAUUGUCAACACUUUUUUUCAGCUCGGUAAAGUGGAAAAGCCAGUCCAAGGCGUUCACGCACGAGGAAAGUCGAAAUAAAAAUUAUAACAUAAUAAACUAUUAUUAAGAUCCAACAAUUGUUCCGCUUUCUAAAGUGCUGUGAGUUGUGCACUGUUCACUAUAUGUGCGUGUGGCGUUGCGAAAGAUAUGGUGAAUGAAUUCAAACAAAGGAAAUAAUUGUCAUGUCGUAAUUAAAGAAAUGGAGCUCUGGAGCUACUCGAUGGUGUUAGCUAUUCAUUUUAACGCAAUCUUUGAUGAUAAAAUGAUAAUUCAUUAAUAGAAUACGUACAAACUCACAUACCAUAAUCAAAGUGGCGAAAAGCGUACAGCAAGAACGAUGCCAUCUUUCCGCCAGAAGGUUACAACUUACUUCCGGCAACUGAGUUUCGUUUCCGAACGAGACCAGCGGGGCCCAACGCAGCAAUGUUCUUCGAUGGCAGGCGGAAGCUUUAUGACCAGAUAUUUAGAAGGAGAAUGGGACCCGCAAGCUUCGAUGGCACCUAUUUACAGCGGUAAAUUGCCGGAAGACUUGCCGGAGGUACGAAUUGGUCAGUAUGCUGUAAGUCAAACGGAAAAAGACGCUGCUUAUACAGGACCAUUCGAAGGUCUCACGGGAGUGAGACGUGCCAAAUCGCAUCUAACGGCAGGAAUUGAAGACGAUAUUGAUUACAUCGACGUUCUGCAAGAUCAAGCUUCGACAUCGCAACAGGACAAAUCAAAGAAAAUCUCUCCAGCAUUUGACUCAAAUUCAAAUUCAAAAUCGUUUGCUGCGUUCACUCCUGCAAAGCAUUCCAUUGUCUCAAAUCAAUUGACGAGCGGGGAGAAGAAUCCGGAGACGAAAAAAAUCAGUGACGAUCCUAUAGCAAACAUCACUGACUGGAACCGUCCAAAUGAAGAUGCCUACGGUAUAUCUGUAUCGUUGUACGAAACACAUUUACACACAUCCGGAAACGUUGGUGAUCCGAUUGCAGAUUGUUUUGGUAUCGUAUCCCGGGCUGAUUCCUGCAUAAUGGCAAUGGCUGAUGGUGUGAACUGGGGGGAAGGUGCCCGGAUUGCAGCGAGAUCAGCAAUUCAGGGUGCAAUAGAAUAUCUGAGUUCUGCGAUUUUUGGCAUACACCAAGUAACUUCGACCAGAGCCAUUUUUGUUAGCUUGAUUCGCAGCUUUUGGGAGGCACACAACUACAUACUUCAAGUCGGAGGAGCCUUGAGCACGUUGACCGUCGCCAUCGUAUUACCCAUUGAGUCAUCAGACCAAAGUAUUGUUUGCUGUUGCAAUGUAGGAGACUCUCUUGGGUAUAUAUUUUCGAAAAACAAUAUCGUACGGGAGAUAACUAUGGGUUCACAUGAUGUUAGUCUUAUGCGCGAUAUGCGAGAUGCCUUAGGUGCAUUAGGUCCCGUGUAUGGCGAUAAACCGGAAAUGAGCAAUCUCACACUAUCUAUGUCAUACGUCGAUGAAGGAGACAUUGUGUUUCUUACAUCGGAUGGCAUCAGUGACAAUUUUGAUCCAGUGGUCGGAAAAUUUGCGGAAGCGGUCGGCAGUAAACCUACCAGUACUGCUAAUAGUAGCAGUAACGCUGUCAACACCAGCAAACCUCCAACAUCCAACCAGCAACAUGAACGGAAAACUAAAGCAGGUCUAGCCCCUAAAAGACAGAACAAAAGUGCACCUAUGCUUACUUUAGCGCAAAGCAGUGGUGCAUCGGAUCCCGAGCAAGGAAACGCGAUUCAUGCUGGUAGUACGCGUGCCGAACGAAAAAUUUCUGUUCCGGUGAGAAAAACAGGACCACCGAUCGCUGGAAUGCAGGACAAAAGCUAUAACUCGAAAUAUGUAACUAGAUCGAAAACGUUCAUUGAACCGGCGGCAGUGUUAAGGCGAUCGAACAAUGUCGUUGCAAAGCCACACACUGCAAUAGUGCUACCUCAGGUGACAGCACAGCAAAGACACGUUCUAACUCUGUUAAGGAUAGCCGACCUGCUCGUUUACGGUAUAAAUGGUUCACUACGGCCUUGUACGAAUGCUAAACAAUUAUGCCAGCUGUUGAUCGACUUUGUGUCCUGUAUUACGGCUGCCAAACGCAAGCUACUGGAGCAACGCGAGUUAUAUUAUAAGGUAGUGUGCUCUCCGGACGGAACCCGAAAGGAAGUUCCACACAGCGCACACGAGCACAAAGCGAUACGAAAGCGUAUGGUAGAUGGUACUACAUUUUCGUUGCUCCCUGGAAAACUGGAUCAUGCUUCGAUUGUAGCGUAUACCGUUAGCAGACGAAGAUCGGAAGAUAAACCAACGGCUGAACAUAUUAUCUAAUUACCAGUUUAGCAGUGUACGAACACAUUCGUAAUAUUGAAUUUGUGAAUUUGCUUGCAAAUUGCAGCAAAAUUACUUUCUAUCUAUAGUAUAGUAUGUAAACUUAUAAUUUAUGAAUUCAAUUCAUCCAGAGUAUUUGAUUCAAGAGCGCAAAAGCUUCAUUACUUGUGCGAAUUCUGCUUCAUGCUGAUCCACUAGUGUUUCGUGCUGAACCACUAGUGUUUCGUGCUGAACCACUAGUGUCGACAAUUAUUGCCACUAUACAAAAAUCUGUCCGCUGGCGCUAAGACUUUUUUUAAAAGAAAAAUAAAUGAAAUCUUGCUGCAAUUAAUAUUUUAUACAAGCUACAACACGAAGAAAGAAUAUUAAUGU